CAUGUUUGCACACUGGGGCUGUUUACUUCCAUUGGCCGCUUCUCUGUUCAACAGACGUCUGUAGAGGAUUACUCCAUGUUUUGUUGAGUGUACUGCAAGUAUUUAGCACCGCUCUGUUUUAGGCGCCAGACUCGCAAUUAGUCGCACAAGGUGACCCGUCAGAUCUCCAAUAACCUGUGACGUCAUAGUAUUGAUAACAGUUUGAACUACACCUGUCAUAUACGACAUACUUCACUGCAAGUCGUCAACUUGUUGUCUUCAUUGGAUUGCGUUAAUUGCUGGGAUACAGUUUUUAAAAACUAUCUUUGUUGAGUGUAACUGAAGCGUAACGAUUUGUUUGUGUGUACUUUCUGUUGGAGCGAUUGGCGGCGUUUAACCUGGCGUCUUACACCUGCCGAGCGUAUCAGCUGAUAAGAUUCACCUGUGUAUAAAACGCAACAAUUCAAACGGAUUGCAUCUCAAAGCGAAAUACCGCACGUUUGUAGGACAAGCCCUGACAGUUCACGUUAGGUUCAAGAUGUACAAGGUUGUGUGUACUGUUUCGAUCGUAGCGUUUAUGUUUACAAACUUCUUGGUCGAAGGAUACAAGCUUGAGAGCAGACAUAAACGACAAAAUCAAGAAAACAGUUCAACGACGCCGUAUGAUUCAACCACCACCAACACCACAGUCAGAGUUUACACCAACAACGACUCUGGAAGAAUAGGGCUUGUUGUCGGAGUUAUUUGUGGAGUAUUGGCUGGAAUCGCCGCCUUCGCCAUUAUCGUCACAAUCUGGAUCAAGAACAAGAGGGACCGUGACUCGGAGUAUGCGAGAGCGGCCAAGGUCCAGCGCAACUCUGCCUUGAGUGCCGGCGUCUACAACGACCUGACAACGGCGUCCCCUAUCGUGAAGGUGUCCAUCGAUCAGCAUAAGGAGGGCUCCGAGAUGGAGAGUCUGAAGAAGGAAGAAGAGGAAGAAUAGAGCUGCGGGUGACUGAAGAAGAAAGCUAAACAGACAUUUGCGAAAAUGCAUCAUGAAAAAGCUCCACCAGCAAGUCCCCUCUGGGACCAAAACGAGAUUGUAUAUAUCUCAGUCAUGUUUCGACAAUUUGGACCAUUUCGGAAAUAUAACAUUUGACCUUUUAUGGAGGCAAUAGUGUACAGGCCUAGCUCAGGACAGUGUUAUAGUGCUGACACCUUUGUACAUUGUUGUGUGGAAUCGCCCACGUGCUAAUCACCAGAGUAUUUCGGACCAAAACGUGGGGAAAUAACCUUUUUUGCAACAUUGCCCAAAAUAUCCAAGCCUUCCUCGGAGUUGUUCGUGAUCAAACAUCGACAGACAUGACUUGACAUAAACUACGUGCUGUGCCACCGAUACGAUGAAUUCGUCACGUGAUACACGAGAAGAUGCUGUACUUCACGUUGUCAGACCAAGAUAAAGAAAUGGAAAAUGAUGACGCCGUUCUUAUCUAAUCACCAGGUCAAGUUUCGUUUCAUUAUCCACCAGAGGAGUGCCUUGUUCGAGAACCUUCACAUAAGGUGAUCUUUAUGCACAAAGUAUUUCUAGUGGAUCUUUUAGCACCAUCUUUGUACGUUCCAUGUGUACGUCUCCAUAGCUGUGAUUUAUCAAUACAUCAAAAAGUAGAACUGAAAAUGGAUCAACAUUAUGCGAUUGUUUAGUAAUUACAAUACCAGAAACGUUUUUUUCAUUCCCUUCACAUUCCAAUCACACAUUCCCAUGAACAUGUACAUAGUUUUGCAAUAAAUUAUUAUUCGUA